CCAUGGAUGGAUUGGGGUGGGACGUUUCAGAAAUUGAAGCAAAAUCAUUGCCCGUGUGGAACAAUCAACGAAACGAUAUGGAGGAUGGUUGUUUCUUAAUUCCCAGCUCUUCAAAUUCUUCCAUGUAUGGUGGCAAGAUCGAUGAUCUACCGGAAGAUAUCUUCUGGCAGAUUCAAGAACUGCAAAAAUAUGCAAACUGGGAAGAUGCUUUAACACAAGGGCUUUGCUCUUCUCCUUUGAUGAAUAGAGCUUAUUGUAAUCCGGUUCAGUCACAAUUCAUCAAUGGUGGUGGUAGAACAACAGGCUCUCUUGAGUCCUUUGAUUGUUUGAUCUCUGCUAGUAAUAGCAACACUGAUACAUCUGUUGAAGAUGAUGGGAUUUCCAUGAUUUUCUCUGGUUGUAAAAAUCCAUGGAAUUUCGCUGCUAGCAGUGCAGUUUCAUCUGGAGAGUCUGAAAACAAUGGCUCAAAUACGGGAAGCAAAGAUUUCAAUUGUCUGGUAAACGAGCUCGAUGAAAUAGUGUCCCGGAAUGCUUCAGACCAAUGCAUCAAUAAUGGCAAACCAUUGCAAACAAAGUCUAGUAAUUCUUCAAAGAGAAAGAAUGAGCAAAGUGAGUUAAAUUUUGGUUACUUCAAUCUUCUUCAUACUGACUCUUCUGCAACAGAAGGUGGUUUUAGGCUCAUCCCCGAGAACCCACCGAAAGCAGAGAAAAUCAGAUCGGAAAAGCAUCCGAGCUCAUCGAAUAUCAACUUUCAACAGCCUGCAAGCUCAUCAGUAUCUUCUUCCGUUGAAGAACCUGAUCCAGAGGCCAUUGCACAAAUGAAAGAGAUGAUUUAUCGAGCUGCAUCGUUCAGGCCAGUGAACUUAGGUUUGGAAGUGGUGGAGAAACCGAAGAGGAAGAACGUCAAGAUAUCUACGGAUCCACAAACUGUCGCAGCAAGGCAAAGGAGGGAGAGGAUAAGUGAGAGAAUUAGGGUUUUGCAGAAGCUGGUUCCUGGUGGGAGCAAGAUGGACACUGCAUCAAUGCUUGAUGAGGCUGCAAAUUAUCUAAAGUUCCUUAGGUCCCAAGUCAAGGCACUAGAAAACCUAGGCAACAAGCUUGACCCAAUGCAUUGUCCUCCUCCUGACCUUGCUUUCUCUUCUUUACCACUCCAAAACCCUAAUAAUAUCCACCAUCCACAGGGUUGAAAAAACAAACUAUUGUAUCAUCAUUUCAUAACCCUCCAUUAAUGAUUGACAUGUCCCAGUCUCAGAACAAGUACUACUAUAUUGAAAGAAAAGAAACUAAUCCAAAUCCCUUGGUUACCGUCAUUUUCAUCAUUACAUAGUAUCAAAAAAAUCUUUAUAAUGAUAGAUUUUCUGAUUAUCACCAUCAUUGUAUACAUCACCCAAGAGCAGAAAGGGGCU